UCUCAACCACCAGGACCACCACAGUCACCUCUUCUUUAGCUCUCCUGCCCAGCCAAACAAGCCUGGAAGGAAGGCAAUACAGGCAGGCAUCCAAGACUGUCUUGAAAUCUAAAAUUGCUAUUGGACACCUAUAAACAACGUAGGCGACGGUCUACCUGGUGUACAGGGACUCUACAAUACAGAGAAAAAACUCACCUUAUAGUACAUUGAAUGGUUCUUCCUAGCCUCUCUCCUCCCCCUGCAGGUAUGAAGAACCCCCACAUGGAAGCUGUAGGUCACCACACCAGACCUACAAACAUGAGAAAGAAAAAGACCACUCAAAAGAAGCAGAGGGGGAGACCUUCCUCCCAGCUCUGCAGGAACAUCGUGGGCUGCAGAAUUUCUCACGGAUGGAAGGAAGGCGAUGAGCCCAUCACCCAGUGGAAAGGAACCGUUCUGGAUCAGGUGCCUAUAAAUCCCUCUCUUUAUCUGGUGAAAUAUGAUGGAAUUGACUGUGUCUAUGGACUGGAACUUCACAGAGAUGAAAGGAUUUUAAAACUUAAAAUCCUUCCUGAUAAGGUGCCAUUUUCUCGAGUCAGAGAUGUAUGCCUUGCAAAUACGAUAAUUGGCAAAGCAGUGGAACAUAUGUUUGAGGGUGAGCAUGGUUCUAAGGAUGAAUGGAGGGGGAUGGUCUUAGCCCAAGCACCUAUCAUGAAAGCCUGGUUUUAUAUUACAUAUGAGAAAGAUCCUGUCUUGUACAUGUACCAGCUUCUAGAUGAUUACAAAGAAGGUGACCUCCGUAUCAUGCCAGAGUCCAGUGGGUCUCCUCCAGCAGAGAGGGAGCCAGAAGGAGUUAUAAAUGGCCUGAUAGGUAAACAUGUGGAAUAUACCAAAGAAGAUGGCUCCAAAAGGACAGGCAAGGUCAUUCACCAAGUGGAAGCCAAACCUUCUGUGUAUUUCAUCAAGUUUGAUGAUGAUUUCCAUAUCUAUGUCUAUGAUUUGGUGAGAAAGUCCUGUUAGAAUGAAACUCGCCAGUUUUUUGGAGGCAAAUGUGUAGUUUGUAGACAUGAAAAAAUGUUAACUUUUCAGUGUAUUAGAAGCUUAAGGGUAUUUGAUAACCCAACAUCUUUGCCAGCAUAACUGUUAUUUUGUUCUGAAAAAUACAAAUUUAUGUGGACGUGAAA